AUGAGGCGCAACUUGACUCAACCCUCAAUCAACUUGGUCAGUGAAGACAAUGACAAUCACUAUGAGCAGUUGCACGAAGGAUCACAAUCACCGGUAAACCCAUUCGAACCAGAGCAACAUCAGCAACAUCAGCAACAUCAUCAGCAACAUCAACUGGACAGUUAUGAAUACUCGCCGACACGUCUGACCGAUUCCGGAUCGUUUUACUUUCAGAAAGACAACAAUGAUGAUUAUCAAGCACAGGAACAGAACCUGCAUGGCACGAACGAAAACACAGUUACAUACAAUCAAUACGUCCACAGAGGCUACCCCGAUUCCAAUGACUCGCAAUCGCCAUAUUCACAAUCACCUGUACUUCCAAGAGAUCGGUCAUUCCAACCACUAUUAUCAAAUAGUUCGCCAACACGAACAAGAGCAGGACUGGAGUUGCUCAUAGCCACACCAACAAUCCCAGCUUAUGAUCGAUACCCAAAACAAACCAAUUCGAUGCAAUUCUCCACGUCAAGUUUACUCUACGACGAUGAAAUGAAUAAUUCAAUCUCCUCUCCAUCUUAUGACAAUGAUUUUUCCCCCUUUGGUGGGUACCCAGCCAGUCAAUUCCCACUAAGUAUAGAUGAAAAGGAACCCGAUGACUACUUGCACAAUCCUGACCCAGUUUUGGAUGCCAAUUACAACCGAAAUCGGUUCUUGUACGACUUGAAACAUAUGGAUAGGCGAUCAUUUAAUGGAUUGGUCGCUUUGUUAGUUUUGAUGUUGGCGACAUUUGGUGUCUUUAUUGUCCUUCCUGUAUUAACAUUUGCCACUUCUCAUUCAAAAUUUGUACCGCAAGUCUACGAACUCUUGUCAUAUUACGAGUAUCCCAUGUUGAGCGCUAUACGACAGGACUUGAUUGAUCCUGACACGCCUGCUGAAGCAUUGACCAAUGUUGGUCAGGAUGGAAGAACUUGGAAGUUGGUGUUUUCAGACGAGUUCAACGCCGAGGGAAGAACUUUCUACGACGGUGACGAUCAAUUCUUUACGGCUCCAGAUUUCCAUUACGCUGCAACCCAAGAUCUCGAAUGGUAUGAUCCUGAUGCAGUAACCACCGUGAAUGGAACAUUGGAGCUAACCAUAGACGCAUUCAAGAAUCACGACUUGUUUUACCGUUCCGGUAUGGUGCAAUCGUGGAACAAGAUGUGUUUCACUCAGGGAAAAUUGGAAUUCUCGGCACUGUUACCUGGAUAUGGCGACAUUUCAGGUUUGUGGCCCGGGUUAUGGUCGAUGGGAAAUCUUGGUCGGCCAGGCUAUUUGGCCACUACGGAGGGGGUUUGGCCGUACACGUACGAUAGUUGUGACGUUGGCAUUACUCCAAACCAAUCUUCACCAGAUGGAAUCUCGUAUCUUCCAGGGCAAAGAUUGAACAAAUGCACAUGCCCUGGUGAAUCACACCCAAACCCCGGUGUAGGAAGAGGCGCCCCUGAAAUCGAUGCAUUGGAAGGAGAGAUCCACGGCGUAAUUGGUCGUGUUUCCCAAUCGUUACAAAUUGCCCCCUAUGACAUUUGGUAUAUGCCCGAUUACGACUUCAUUGAGAUCUACAAUGCGUCAGUGACGUUGAUGAAUACUUAUGCCGGUGGGCCAUUCCAACAAGCUGUUUCUGGUGUCACUAUGUUGAACACGACAUGGUACCAAUUUGGCGAAGAUGCCGGCAAGUUUCAGAAGUUUGGCUAUGAGUACCUCAACGACGAUGCAAAUGGAUACAUCACCUGGUUUGUCGGCGAUGACCCGACAUUUUCAAUGAAAUCAAAAGCACUACAUCCCAAUGGUAACAUUGGUGAAUAUGGGAUGCGAUCCGGAUGA